UGUAAAUUUCAUUCUUUUCUUUAUUACUUACAAAUUUAAGAGAAAUCAUUGUAAAGGAAACAUUUACAUGUAAUCCUUUUAAAAAGUUAUCUUCAUAGUUCAUGCUUAUAAAUAACGUAUACAAAUUGUAAAUGUUAAAAUUAAUGACUGUGACGUAUGUUAUGUUAAACCGAUGCAUGGUGUGUUGCGAUGGAUUAUGUUACAUUUCAUUUUUCAUUCACAUAUUAGGGGGUAUAAACUAAACCAGAACUACCUUCAGUUUACUACCUUCAUUUUACUGCCAUUUCGUAUGCAAGUGCUUCAUACUAAAUAUGAAAUCACAUGAAACACCUGCAUGAUGACGACUGACAUUCUUAAUGUUUACCAAUCCCAAUAGUCAUUGAAAAACAGAACACAAACUUGUAAGUUCUAGAUCCGUACGUAGAGCUGCUGAAAUACUUAGAGGAGGGCAGAUGAAACAGAUUGUUAUAAUAUAAGGAUAUUCUAUUUAUUCCAAUAGGACGGAUGAAAUGAUACAAGUGCCAGUAUACAUUUUUGAAUUCAUUUUCAUUUCUUUUAACUACUACAUAAUGCAAUUUUAAUGCAAAUAUUUAUGCUUGUUUUCAGGCACGGAUUUAUAUUACGUGAUUCAGAUUCAAUUUAACAUCGACUCACCAUGAGUAAAUCAGCUCUGACAAAACGAGACAUAGACCGAGGUUGGGCAUGGGUUGUUAUGACGUCAUCGUAUUUAGGGAUGGUUAUUUAUUGCGUUCCUCUAUACAUGAGUGGAGUUCUGUAUAUCGCAUUGCUUGACAAGUUUAAGGAAGGGGAAGCUAAAACCUCACUCGUAGGCGCUGUCAAUGCUGGUCUUCUUUGUUUUGCAGCACCUUUAGGCGGCGUAAUAAAUAACAGGUUUAGCUGCCGUGUGUCUAUAGUACUCGGAGGGGCACUGACGUCCAUUGGAUUUGCUACGAGUGCGUUUGCGCCAAGUCUUGACUGGAUGAUAGUGACUGCUGGUAUCUUGGUUGGUAUAGGAUUUGCAAUAUCUUCUUCUGGGCUUAUCUGUGUUGUUGGUUUUUAUUUUGAAAAAUGGCGAGAAAUUGUGAUCUCUUGUGCCUUUCUCACAGUUGGACUUGCAAUGUUUCUCUCAGCACCGUUUGGAAUAUACAUGAUUUCAGAGCACGGGCUUACUGCAACAUUGUUAAUAUUGGCUUGUAUCCAGGCACAACUGUGUGUUUGUGGAAUGUUAAGUAAGCCUUCAGUAAUUGAAAAUGAAGUUAAAGCUGAAAAGAAGAGAGACAGAAAGAUUGGUGGAUCGAAAUCAAAAACAUAUUUAGAUGUAACUCUAAUGAAAAAUGUUUCCUACACUUGUUACUUAUUAACUGUAUCAACAUGGAACUUUGGCCUGUGUGUCGCAAUAAUGCAUCUACCGAACUACGUGUCAGUUCUUGGCGGGACAAAUCGUGAUAUAGGAUUACUUAUGACCUCAUUUUCGGUGGCCAAUGCAAUUGGUCGUCUGCUUGGAUCGUUAACAAUAUCAAAACUUAAUGACAAAAGUCUUUACGUGUAUGCUGGUGUUCUUGGAACAACUGGAGUGGCCACGACACUGUUUGCUGUGUACGCGGAUUUGGCAGGAGGUACAUACAUGUUUUCAAUACAAUUAGGUUUAUUUACCGGAUGGCCAAAUGCAAUGAUGACACCGCUGUCUCUCCGAUUUGUAGGUGUUCACAAACUAUCAGAGGCCUAUGGUUUAGCUUAUGUUUUCUGUGGGCUAGGUGUUUCUACAGGACCAGUCCUUAUUGGAUAUUUGUACAUCAUCACAGGAUCAUAUAAAUACAGUUUCGUCGUAGCAGGCGCAGUUCUAUGCAUGGGUUGUUUAUUUAGUGUGUGUUCAAUUUGCUGUAAAAGUGAAUCAAUAGCUGAUAAAAGAAAAACAGAAUUGAUAGUUAUCUCUCAGGAUGAAACAGUGGACCAAAAUGGUUGUUUAACUAGAGGUAAGAGUGUGGAACACAUACUACCAGAGUCGGAAACAUUACUAGACAACACAACAGAACUUACAGUGACAGUUAUAAGAACAGCUAGAAAAGUUAAUGCACAAUGACAUUAUUAUAAAGAGGAAUCUGAAUUUGGGGAAAUAUAUGAUUAACGUGACAGCAGUUUAGGUUAUGCAAAUGAAGAUAUGUCUCAAGACAAAGCGAGCCCAUAUAGAGGAUAUUUUAUGAGUGUAAGUUUAAUACUAAAUUUAUUGAAUGAAAUCAUAAUAUGCGAGCCUCUGUCCAGCAUAAUAUUGUUUUAUUCAACGAGAUGAAAGAUGAAGUAUAGUACUUAAAAGUAAACUUAUACAGGAAAAUACAUACAGAUAUACAGAACGAUAUAGAUUGCAGAGAUCAGAAAAUACCACAGAGCUUGCAGCCCUUUGAUUAUUAAAUGGCUUUAUUACACUCCGGCGCCGCGGCUUAUGUUAUAAAUAAAGAAUAUUUGUUUAGUUCGGUGUAAGAUCGGAAUAUAUAUCACCGAGUGAGUACCAAAAGUUAUAUUAAUUUCACGAGUGGCGAAGCUUUUGGUGUUCAGGAGGUUACGCUGAACUAAACAAAUUUUCUUUUUAUUAUAUGCAAAGAAACGUUUAAAAAAACAUUUUAACCUAAAAAUAUAUGAAAAACGUGCCAAAUAAUGAUACACUGUUACGUCAUUUACGACGUGACGCCAUUAAGUUGGUUUCCAGUACUGUGCACGCUGGUAUUCAAAGUAACGGGUCCAACUUGAAAUUUUUCUGUUUUAAACAGUGAAAAUAUCUGUUUUAUAUUUUACUAAUAGAUUUCUAUAAACCACCGAAAAACAUGUACUAAAUAACUUUUUUUCAACUUUUUAUUAGUACAUUGUAUAUAAACAAUUGUGGUCGACAAUACAAUCCGGUUUCAAUAUAUUUAUAAUUUUACAUGUGUGAAUUGUCUGUGUAUAAUUUCCCGAUAAAUAAAAAUACAAAAAUAUA